GAGGUCCAUUUCAACCAACGGGGAAAGAAUAGCACAGACGAUCCCUGUGUGUGAAAAAGAAUGGCUGCCAGUUUGUCUCUCUGGGAGGAGCACCUCUCUUGUCCCAUUUGCUGUGACAUCUUCAGGAACCCUGUGGUCCUCAAAUGCAGCCACAGCUUCUGUGAGGAGUGUCUGCAGAAAUACUGGAAGGAUAUGGAGAAUCCGCUGUGUCCCGUAUGCAAAAAAGAGUGUUCAUCUGACGAGCAGAGUUUAAGCCUCGCCUUAAAGAGUCUCUGUGAUUCCUUACAGAAGGGGGGUGAAAACAUCAGAUCUGAUAACAACUGCCAGCAGCAUGGGGAGAAACUUCAAAUCUUCUGUUUCGACGAUAAACAGCCCAUCUGCGUUGUCUGCUACACAUCAAAAAAACAUAAAGGUCAUGACUGUUAUCCCAUUGAGGAGGCUGUGCCUGAUUUGAAGAGUGAAAUCCAGGCUGUGGUUUCCACUUUGAAGAGCAAACGAGAAAACAAGAACACAGCCAAGAUGUGUCAUCAAAGCUGGGUGGAGCACAUAAAGGGCCAGGCCCAAUGUGCAGAGGAGCAGAUCAGCAGAGAGUUUAAGAAUCUCCACCAGUUCCUAGAUGAGGAAGAGACUGCUAGGAUAGCUACCCUGAGAGAGGAAGAACAGCAGAAAUCUGAAGUGAUGCAAGAAAAAGCUGAGGCAUUGACCAGAGAGAUCACAACCCUUUCAGAGACGAUUGUAGUUAUCGAUAAGGAAAUGGAAGUUGACAAUAUCACAUUCCUGCAGAACUACAAGGCCAUACUUAACAGAGCCGAUUGCACAUUCCCAGAUACUGAAGAUACUCAGGUAGUAUCAGGAGCAUUGAUUGACAUGGCCAAACAUGUGGGAUCUCUCAAGUUCAAAGUCUGGGAGAAGAUGUUUGAGUUUGUUGACUACACUCCUGUGACCAUGGAUCCGAACACAAUGUCCACUAAGUUCACACUCUCUGAUGACCUCACCACUAUGACAUACUGUGACGAGAGGCAGAGUCUCCCAGAUAAUCCCGAAAGGUUUCAUAAUGUAGGAGUGUUGGGUUCUGAAGGGUACAGUAAAGGCAUCCAUUACUGGGAUGUGGAGGUUGGAGAUAAUGAUAACUGGAUAUUAGGAGUAGCCAAAGAGUCCAUGCCACGCAAGACGCAAGUCAAAAUGGAGCCUCAGAGUGGAUUGUGGAUCAUCAAACACAUCAGUGGGAAAUACAAAGCAGGUAUAAAAUCGCACGUCCAGAUCAAGGUAGAUGAGAGCCCACGAGUGAUCCGAGUACUACUGAACUGUGACAAAGGGGAGGUGACAUUCUGCGACCUCACCAAGAACACUACUCUGUACACCUUCAAAGACAAAUUCACUGAAAAGGUGUUCCCAUACUUUAGUAGUGGAAGUAAGAUUUGCCCACUGCGCCUUUUUGUAGCGGGAAAGGCGAAAACUAGCUAAUUGCCAGGGUCAAGUGAGGACAAAAUGUACAAACAUAUGCAAUUAUGUAAUGACUUUAUGUACUGACAUUAGCUGGAAGGUUGUGAAAAUUGUUUGACUAAAACUCCUCUUAAGGAUCGGACCCUUUUCAAUUUUCGCCUAAAAUGACAUACCCAAAUCUAACACAUUGAAGCAAGGAUAUGCAUAUUCUUGAUACCAUUUGAAAUGAAACACUUUGAAGUCUGUGGAAAUGUGAAAUGAAUGUAGAAGAAUGUAACACAUUAGAUCUGGUAAAAGAAAAAACAAAGAAAAAACAACAUUUUCUUUGUAUUUUUUGUACCAUCAUCUUUGAAAUGCAAGAGAAAGUCCAUAAUGUAUUAUUCCAGCCCAGGCGCAAUUUAGAUUCUGGCCACUAGAUGGCAGCAGUGUAUGUGCAAAGUUUUAGACUGAUCCAAUGAACCAUUGCAUUUCUGUUCAAACUGUAUCAAGACUGCCCAAAUGUGCCUAAUUUGUUUAUUAAUAAGUUUUCAAGUUCAUAACUGUGCACUCUCCUCAAACAAUAGCAUGGUAUUCUUUCACUGUAAUGGCUACUGUAAAUUGGACAGUGCUGUCAGAUUAACAAUAAUGUAAGCUUUCUGCCAAGAUCAGAUAUGUCUAUGUCCUGGGAAAUGUUCUUGUUACUUACAACCUCAUGCUAAUCGCAUCAGCCUAUGUUAGCUCAACCGUCCCGUGGGGGACCCACCGAUCCUGAUAAUAAGACACUCUGCCAUCUCAGAAGUAAUGAACAAGUGCUUUAAGCAGUUGCUACAGUAUAUAAAAAAAUGUAAUGUCAUUAAUCAAAAUAAAUUAUAUAUGUAAGUUUCAA